AUGCGCCCAUCCCAGUUAUUGUCAAAAAUGCAGGAGCUUGCGGGUGACAAUUUUAAGUCCAAUGUUUUACAAUCAUUGUGGCUCAAUCGUCUCCCGAACAAUAUCCAAGCUAUUCUUGCCUCCAGUAACGAGAACGAGAACCUACCCCAACUGGCCCAAAUGGCAGACAAAAUUCAUGAUGUUCUCCAACCACAAGCAAUCAGUCAAGUUCAGCAUCCCAGUGUUGAUAUUUCAUCUCUUCAACAACAAAUCCAGGAAUUAUCAUUGCAGGUCGCAGCCUUACAGACACGAUCUCAGUAUCAUCCGCGCGGUAGAUCAAAGUCCCGGAACCGAAAUAAUAGGGAAUACCAACGCGCUCAUUCUGGUACUCAAUCAGACAUUUGUUUCUAUCACAGCCGAUUCGGUGAUAAAGCGCGCAAGUGUACACCUCCAUGCAAAUUUCAGAAGACCUCUUUAAACUGA